AUGGCUAUUGCAACAUUGUUAAUGUUGUGCCUUACACUACCUGCCUUCUUCUACUACUACUCCUCAAUCCUUUAUGAAAAUACAAUGUUUGUUACAAAUUGCAAAAUUGGUUGGCGGUUUCCUGAUAUGAAGAUAUCACCAAGAGUUGAUCAACUGCAAAAAUCUGAUUCAAAAGCAGUAGACAGCAUUCAUGUAAAGAAAGAUCCUUGCACGGGCCGUUACAUUUACAUACAUGAUCUUCCUCCAAGGUUCAACCAAGACUUGCUUAUAAACUGUAAAACUCUUUCAAAAUGGAUUGAUUUCUGCCCUUAUGUAAGUAAUGACGGUUUAGGGCCUAGGAUUAUCAAGAAAAGUUGGUAUAAUACUAACCAGUUUAUGUUAUCUGUGAUAUUCCACAGUAGAAUGAAGCAGUAUGAGUGUUUAACUAAGAAUUCUUCCUUAGCCUCAGCAGUUUAUCUCCCAUUUUACCCUGGUUUAGAGAUCAGCCGGUUUCUUUGGAGCCAAGUAAACUGCUCUGUUAGGGAUGCAGCAGCCUUGGAUUUUGUGACUUGGGUAAGGGAAAAGCAUGAGUGGACUCGAAUGUCUGGUAUGGAUCACUUCUUUGUUGCAGGAAGAAUCAGUUGGGAUUUCAGUAGGAUAGGUGGUGGUAAUAGUACUGAUAGUUGGGGUAGUAAUUUACUGAGGUUGUCUGAAGUCAUCAACAUGACGGUAUUAACAAUUGAAUCAAAAAAACCUUAUGAAAACAAUGAAUUUGCGAUCCCAUAUCCGACCUAUUUCCAUCCCUCGAGUAUUAAUGAAGUGCAUGAGUGGCAGGAACGAGUGAGGAGAUCAUCGAAAGAAAGAAGAAGAAGAUACCUCUUCUCGUUUGUUGGGGGCCCACGUCCCAAUGCUACAAGAUACAUCAGAGGGGAGUUGAUCAGUCAGUGUAAAAAUGCGUUGAAUCAUCGUUGCAAGUUAGUUAACUGUGUGGAAAACAAAGAAUUGUGUAAAACUCCAACACAUAUCAUUGAGAUGUUCAUGAAGUCUGAUUUCUGCCUGCAACCUCCUGGAGAUUCAUACACAAGAAGAUCAACUUUUGAUUCGAUUUUAGCUGGUUGUAUCCCUGUAUUUUUCCACCCAGGAUCAGCUUACAUUCAAUACUUGUGGCAUUUUCCAAAGAAUUACACAAAGUAUUCUGUUUUCAUACCAGAAGAUGGGGUUAUGAAUGGUACUGUCAGAGUUGAAGAAUUGCUGUCACAAAUUUCAAAGGAAGAUGUGUCUUCUAUGAGGGAGGAAGUAAUAAGAAUGAUACCAAGAAUAAUAUAUGCUCGAAAAAAAUUGAACAAAAUAGAAGACGCGUUUGAUAUUACUGUCACAAAUGUCCUCGAAAGGAUUGAAGAUACCAGGAGACUAAUUCGAGAAAGUAAAGACCUGAGCAGGACUGCAGGAGAGUAG